AUGAAAAUUAAAAAGGAUACUUCAAAUAAUAAAUUGAUAAACUAUUACAAAGAUAAUAGAAAUAAAUUAACAAUACUCAUUCGUAAGGCUAAAGAACAAUAUUAUGUCAACAAAAUAGAAAUAUGUAAUGGUGAUGGAAGAGAAAUCUGGAAAGUUAUUAAUGAACUAUCGGGGAGAAAAAUUAAAUCUACCGGGCUACCAAUCAAUGAAAUAAGAAAGGACAUAUAUCCGACCUAUAGGCCUAAAGACUACUUAAACAUAGUAAAUUCUUACUUCUCUACCACCAGAAAUAGACUAGUUGAUACCAAUUUUCCUAAUAGUACAAAUAAUAUAAAAUCUAAUUUCGGAACAAAUACUAAUAAUAAAUCCAAUCAUCAGCUCCAACUUCGAGUCAAAAACCAUGGGCAGUUACGUAGUAAAAAAUAUAUUAAACAAUCUGAAAAACAACUCAUCACCUGGAGUUGA